GCUGACCUUGUAAUGAAUGAUGAUGAUGCUCUGACUUCUAACUGGAACGACAUCAUGUUAGAUACUAGCAUUGCUGAUGCCGAGCCAAAGAUGCAAUAUCAGGAACAAAAACAACCGUCAAAUUUCCCAGUACACCAAGGCCAACCAUUGCAGCAAAUUCCUACUGCAUCUGUAGAAACAUCUGCCAUUGUUCCUGCAUCAUCCACUGCAAGUGGUGCUUCAUCAAAGCAACGAAUGCGUUGGACACCCGAACUUCAUGAAGCGUUUGUGGAAGCAGUCAACAAACUUGGUGGAAGUGAAAGAGCUACUCCCAAGGGUGUGCUGAAGUUAAUGAAGGUUGAAGGUUUGACCAUCUAUCACGUAAAAAGCCAUUUGCAGAAAUAUCGAACAGCUAGAUAUAAACCAGAAGCAU